AUGGAUGAAGAGUAUGAUGUGAUAGUAUUGGGUACUGGUCUCAAGGAAUGCAUCCUCAGUGGGCUUCUCUCCGUUGAUGGCCUCAAGGUCCUGCAUAUGGAUAGGAAUGACUACUACGGAGGAGAGUCUGCGUCCCUUAACCUCAUUCAGCUCUGGAAGAGGUUCAGGGGAAACGAUAAGCCUCCAGCACAUCUGGGCUCAAGUAGGGAUUAUAAUGUUGACAUGGUUCCUAAGUUUAUGAUGGCAAAUGGCAAUCUUGUACGUGUCCUCAUUCACACAGAUGUUACCAAGUAUCUGUACUUCAAAGCAGUGGAUGGUAGCUUUGUGUUCAACAAGGGAAAGGUCCACAAGGUGCCUGCAACUGAUAUGGAGGCACUCAAAUCUCCUCUCAUGGGUAUUUUUGAAAAGCGCCGUGCUCGCAAGUUUUUCAUAUAUGUCCAGAACUACGAAGAAACUGAUCCUAAAACACACGAGGGAAUGGAUUUGACUAGAGUGACUACCAGAGAACUGAUUGCAAAAUAUGGUCUUGACGAGAAUACCAUAGACUUCAUCGGUCAUUCAUUGGCACUGCAUAGAGACGAUCGCUACCUGAAUGAACCUGCACUGGAUACCGUUAAGAGGAUGAAGCUAUAUGCGGAGUCUCUUGCCCGUUUUCAAGGAGGAUCACCAUAUAUUUACCCUCUGUAUGGUUUAGGAGAGCUCCCACAGGCAUUUGCACGGCUUAGUGCUGUUUAUGGAGGCACAUACAUGUUGAAUAAACCUCAGUGCAAGGUGGAGUUUAACGAGGAAGGCAAAGUUGCUGGUGUCACAUCAGAAGGGGAAACUGCCAAGUGCAAGAAAGUUGUCUGUGAUCCUUCCUACUUGCCCAACAAGGUUAGGAAGGUUGGUAAGGUUGCAAGGGCAAUUGCCAUUAUGAGCCACCCGAUACCAAGCACCGAUGAAUCUCAUUCAGUGCAGGUUAUCCUGCCACAAAAGCAGUUGGGUCGCAGAUCAGACAUGUACCUUUUCUGUUGUUCUUAUACUCACAAUGUUGCUCCAAAGGGCAAAUUCAUUGCAUUUGUAUCAACGGACGCAGAGACUGAUCAUCCUGAGGUUGAAUUGAAGCCUGGAAUUGACCUCCUAGGUCCUGUUGAUGAGAUAUUCUUUGAUAUUUAUGACAGAUAUGAACCAGUCAAUGAACCUACUUUGGACAACUGCUUUAUUUCAACGAGUUAUGAUGCUACAACACACUUUGAGUCAACUGUCACGGAUGUUCUGAACAUGUAUACCAUGAUAACCGGAAAGGUUCUUGACCUCACUGUGGAUUUAAGUGCUGCCAGUGCUGCGGAGGAAUGA